AUGAACAGUUCGACAACAGAAGCUGAUCUCGAUGCACCGCCGGCGCAUUUAUUCAGCGAUUAUAUUGAGAUUGUUUAUUUGGCAACGGCCUUAGUUGUCGGUAUUCCCACUAAUGUUUAUAUAUUAACAAAACUUUUUCGUGAUCGUCGUCAAGCUCAGGAUCAUUCAAUAAAAUCCAGUUUUUUGUUGCUGAACAUUAAUCUUAACAUAACGGAUCUGUUGAUACUGUUAAUUGUGGCAUUUGGUAAACUAUGUUGGAUAAUAACAUAUUCUUGGUAUGGCGGUGAAUUUCUAUGCAAAACCUUCCAUUUUCUAUCUGCAUUUGCGUUGUAUAUAAGCUCAAAUAUUGUUGUAUGUAUUGCUUUGGAUCGACUACGUAAUGUUAUUGCUGUUUCACAGAUACGAACUGGUAAAAAAGUUGCGGUAAGUUACUGA